UCACACCCACAUACACCCACACCCACAUCCACCCCCACACACUCACACCCACAUCUACACACACCCACAUCCACCCACCAACACCCACACACACCCACAUCCACCCACCCACACUCACACCCACACCCACAUCCACCCACACCCUAGCCACACCCACACACCCGCAAGGUCACAGAGAACAUGAAUAUAUAAUUAGAAUCAGUUUUGAUCCUAUGAUCCUAAAAAAAUGUUGACUAUAUGAUUUCAUGGAUUUUGUGAAUCCUCUUAUGGGAUAGAAAUUUGUGAUAUGUAUAUCUCGUGAAUGUCGCAUUCGAAAACCUUGAUUUUUUCGUUGCGUAAUAUAACUCGCAGACUUCUAUCAGAUGGUGCAUGAAUGGAUAGAUUCAGUGGAUUCAUAUGUAAUAGCGGUUGACAUCCCAUGGAACUACCCUAUGAAGGCACUAGAAUAUACAAUAAACAUUUAGAAUGUUUCAAGAAGUAGAAAUAGUCAGUUAUUAAAGAUAAGAACUCGUUAAUCUCAUCAAUUUCAGUUUUGAUUUGUAUAAGUUGAUAAGAAAACAAAUUUUAACGUUUGAUAAUCAGUUUAAUAGUACCAAUAGAAUUAUUGAUUAUUCAUAGAUUCUUUUUUCAAUGUACUUUUAGCUUGUGGGUCAUUUUAUUGAAGCGCAUUGUUCUAAUUCAACAUUUAUUUGUGAUCAUCCACAAAUCAUAGGUUCAUUGACAAAAUAGAAAGAAAAUUUUCUUUUUUUCGAUUUUCUAAAAACUUCCUUGUUUGAUAUCAUUCAUAUUAUAUUUUGUUGUUUUUUUUCUUUUAGUUUAUUCAUCGUUCUUUACAUAGUUUAAGAGAACGUUUUGAAUUAUUUGUGUAUUAUAAAGAAGUAUGUAAUGUAUAUUCUGAAUUGAAUGAUAGAUUUGUACAAUGUGAAGUAUUUCAAUUACAAGCAAAAAAAAAAAUAAAUGGUUUUAUUAUCUUUACGAAUAAACUAGUUGUUCAUAAAGAAGCUCAAAAAAUUGAUAACAAUUAUUGUAAAACAUUUGAAUAUGGUUUACCACCAACUUGGGAUUGA